UAAAAGGCUGGUUCUUGAGUUUCGCCUGCUGAAAUGGAGCGGUUCGAAUACUCUUUGCCGCCUCCAUUUUCGGCGAAAAUGAAUUCUUCAGAAUUCAACAGCACCUAUGGAAACCAAACGCGGCAUAUAAUUCCAUCUUCGAAGCAAUUCAUCUUGAUUGAUGAUACCUAUUUGUUCUAUGGUUAUCCGGUAGUCGUUCCUAUGUCUAUCAUCAUCAUCCUCAUCAUCAUACUCGCUAUCGGUGGCAACAUCAUGGUCAUCAUCACAAUUCUUCGCCAUAGAGGAAUGCGAACUAGGACUAACAUGUUCAUCGUGAACUUGGCUGUAGCAGACAUACUGGUUGCGGCAAUGGACAUGCCAGUGUCUUUAAUAACUAUCCUGAAAGGACGUUGGGUGUUUGGAUACCCUCUGUGUCAACUAAAUGGGUUCACAAUGGCCCUGUUCCUCAUAUGCUCCAUACAUACGCUCAUGUACAUUUCUGUGCAUAAAUAUAUUUCAAUUACAAGGCCAUUUUCUAGAGCCAUGACUCCAAAGCGGAUAAAAAUUAUGAUAGCGGCUUCAUGGAUGUGGGCCAUGUUUUGUGCCAUAGGACCCUUGAUUGGGUGGAACAAAAACGAAUACAAAAUGGGGGCUAGUCAAUGUGGGCCAGCCAUUCCAAUGGGCCUCAAGGAGAAGUCCCAUUCUGCGCUGAUAACCAUCAGCAACUACCUAAUUCCCCUGGCCAUCAUGAUCUUCUGCUAUUCCCGGAUUUUUCGCGAAAUCCACGUGCACAUGAAACGGAUACGCAAGACGUCCAACAUCGACCUGGAGAACUCAGUGGCCCAGCAGAAGAAGGUGGCCAUCACGCUAUUCUGGGUCCUGGCGUGCUUUCUGCUCUGCUGGACACCUUUUGUGCUUUAUUCGAACGCGGCUGUUUUCAUCAAAGACAAGAGUAAAUUGCCCCCUAUACUCAAUCCUCUGGCGUACUGGUGUGGGUAUCUUAACUCUGCUUGCAACCCUAUCAUCUACGCCUUUAGAAGUCCAUCUUUCAGAAAAGGAUACAAGGAAAUCAUGUGUGGAACUCCAGAGCAUAAUCUCAGUACAGAGGCAUUUGUACGACGAAGAAUUACUGAAACUUCCUCAAGUCUUCAAAUGCCAUCUAGGAUACGUACAAUGUCUAGAUUUUAACAUUCCCCUCCACACCCCUCCUUCAACC